GAUCUAUAGCUGAGAAGUAAUUACAGUUUAACUCAAGAGUUGAUUCACUUAAGAACAACAUAAGGAAAGAGAACUAAAAAGGAACAUGAAACUUUUUACAAUUUUCAUUUUUGGCCUAGUACUAGCUUUGGCGCUAGCCGAAGAAGAGACACCAGAAGGAGGUGGUGAGGAGGAAAAGGCUGAAGAAGGAGACGAAGAUAAAAAGGAAGAAGGCGAUGAAGAUAAAGGUGAAGGUGACGAUGACAAAAAAGACGAAGGUGGUGAUGACAAAGGCGAUGGAGGUGAUGACAAGGGUAAAGACGAAGGUGGUUCUCCACCUGCUGGAGGUGAUAAACCAGCUGCCGGUGGUAAUAAACCUGCUGGCUCCAAUAAACCAGCUGCUGGUGGUAAUAAACCCGCCGCUGGAGGAAAUAAACCCGCCGCUGGAGGAAAUAAACCAGCUGGAGGCAAGAAACCCGCUGCUAAUAAAAACCCCUUGAAAAAGGCCAACCAAAAAAGACGUCAACAAAUCAAGAAAAAUCGCCAGAAUAUUAAGAAAAUGAAGCAGCAGCUUAAAAAACAACAACAGGCCAAUAAGAAGAGACGUGAACAAAUCAAAAAGAGACAUCAAAUGAUUAAGAAGAGGCAAGAGUUUAUUUUGAAAAGGAAACAGAACAUGAUGAAAAGGAGACAGCUUAUUAUGAAGCAACAGCAAGCACUCAAGAUGCAAAAUAACCGUAAUGGAGCUAAUAGACCAAAACCAGGAGCUAAUAAACAAAAAGCUGGUGGCAAUAAACAAAAGGUACCAAAUAGACAAGGUUAAUUUUAAAAUUUUCCGAAAUUACAAUUAUGAAUAGAUGUUAUACUUAAUUGUUCAAUAAAUGAUGUUAUAGUUAAAAAACAAA